AGGCCAGUGCACACCUAGCAACACCGUUUACACGCUUUCUCUCAAAACAAACCAAUGGAGAAUGGGCGAACCCAUGCUGAUGCCUCAAUACACACCAUCAGAGCUCCACCUAUCUACAUUUAAUUUUCGUACUGGGUGGAUUGACGGCUGUAGAGCGAUACGACACCAUGUUCAACCAAUGGGAGGCCAUGGCCCCCAUGCCCACCGCAGUUCUGCACCCAGCUGUAGCUGCGCAUAACCAGAGAAUAUAUGUGUUCGGAGGAGAAGAUGCCAUGCAGAAACCAGUUCAAAUGAUCCAGAUGUACCACAUAGGAAGGAAUCUGUGGUGUAGGAUGGAAACAAGGACGGUGAAGAACGUCUGUGCACCAGCUGCAGUGAUUGAUGAUAAAAUAUACAUUGUAGGCGGCUAUACUAGAAGAAUGGUAGCCUAUGAUGUUAAAACCAACAGGUUUGAAAAAUGUGAAAAUAUGAAGGCCAGGAAGAUGCAUCACUCCGCUACUGUGGUCAAUGACAAGAUCUAUGUCACCGGGGGCCGUUUCAUUAACAGCCAUGAGAGUGUGGAAGAUUCAGACAGCUUUGACUGCUACGACCCAACGACAGACUCCUGGGCGUCAAUGGGAACACUGCCAUUCAAGCUAUUUGACCAUGGCUCAGUACCUCUGGUCUAUCUCUCUGAUAAGUUUCUGCCUACAUGAAUGUAUUUGUGACAAUGUAGCUUAGUCACUUCAUACAAGUUUAUAAAUGUCUGUCUCUUUCUAACCUGUAUUUGACAGAUCAUACUGAGAAAAAUAUAGAGUAAAAAUACAAAGCAUAUUACGUUAGCAAAGUAAUGAGACGCACACAUUUUUCAAAGGUCUCUAAACGUGUUUGCACAUGUUGCUUUUUGAAUGUAUGUGAAGUAUUAGUAAAAUAACUAGUAAUAAUUAUUAAAAUAGCUGAAAAUAUAAAAAAUGAAGCUUAAAUCAUAUAGCAGAUACAAGUAUGAUAUUUUUUUAACUUGAUUUUUGAUUAACAUGUUACCUUUGAAUCUCUGUUCAGUAUUACUUUGCACUUGACACUGUAUAGUUGCACAGUGUAAGUUUACAUGAGUACUUUUAUGUAAAUACAUUCCUUCAUUUUGUAAACUGAUUUCUUAUUCAUGUUUUUUCCCCCCAAGUAUGUAGUGG